AUGAGGAAUAUUCAAUAUCCCGAUAAUAAAUUAAAUAUCAAAGAGGCCAUUGAGUAUGUAGCAGCAUCAUGGGAUGAAGUAGAUAAAUCGACCAUAGUGAAUUGUUGGAGGAAGACAGGUAUUUUACCAAUGGCAUCGAAUAUUGAAGUUGAACUUACUCAGAACAUCCAUUUACAAUUAUUGGAAGAAGAAGAGAAUGAAAUUAAUGAAUUAGUAUAUGAUCUUACUGAUCCAAUGAUUAUUGUUGAAAUCAUGUUGGCAAAAAACUUGGAAUAUGAGCAGGGUAAUCCAGAUGAUUCAGAUGAGGAGUCACCACAUAUUUUAGCCCCAGAAGGACUAAAUGGAUUAAAAAAAUUUAUUUUGUUCGCUGAGCAACAAAUGGGUAGUGAUUUUGAUAGAAAUUAUUUAAAAAUAUUUCGAACUCAGGAUUAUGAAUAUUCUUCUAAUGAUAAAUAUCUUUUUAGUAAAGAAGAUUUUCUCAAUGAUGAAAAUCUUAAUAAUGAAGGUUUAUAUGAUGAAAAUCUUGACAAUAAAGAUUUUUAUAACGAAGAUUCUUAUAAUGAAGAUCUUGAUAAUGAAGACCUUUAUGAUGAAAAUUUUUGA